AUGAAAAGAGUUGUUAAAGAAAGCACUACUAUAACUGAAAUGAUUGAAGAUGAUGAGGGGAAAAGAUUUAUAAUUAAUCGCAAGCAUAACGUUAAUGUUUCCACUGAACCAGUGGAAGGAAGUUUGCCAGGACUACAAGUAAUUGAAAAGGAUAAAUAUUUUCGUGAGGAAAUAGCCAAAGAGGCCGAAGAAUACAAAAAAAACAAUCCUUCUUCACAAAAAGAAAAAGAAUUACCGGAUACUAACGAUAAAGGAGAGGAUAUUCCAAAUCAGUAUGACAAAGUAGCUAAUAAUGAAGUAGAAAAAUUUUUUGACGAGUAUAGACCGUUAGUUAGUUUAUGCUAUGAUACACCAUCUUCGGACAUUUGA